UGUCACGCCACGACAUUUUGGGGCUUGUUGAGUUUUGACGUCAUUUGCGAGAACGUGAUGAAAACAUGACGUGCUGAAUUAAUUGGCGCUAAUCGAUGACAAUGUUCAUUUUUUAAAUCUUAUGCUCGUAAUGAUGCCGUUUACAUGCUCGAGACAGUACCUUAUUAUUUCUUCUUUCAGUCUUUGACAGACACCGAUACAAUUCCCGUUAUUAUUUAAGUAAAAAAAGUCAGCAACUAUUUAACAUGAAAAAUCGAUAAUUCUGGCCCUGCUUAUUGCUUGAUAGUUCCCCUUAUCCGCUGUAUACAACUUUCACAAAAGAAUAAUUACACGCUUGACACCGUUGUCAUGGAUUCCGGAAGCUGUAAUGUUUACUUAAAGAUGUAAAGUUGUUUAUCCAAAAUAUCUAAGAUGAGUCAGUUAAGUACGUGCUCUAUACGGUCUUCGAUACCAGAAAGCUUGGUUGUCGACCAAGAUGUAGAAUUUAUUUGUGAACUUGAGCAAGUCAAUGAUUUAUACUUUUCAAAUGUUCAGUCUUCGGACGAACCACAAUUUGGAGAAAAUGUUGUUUUUGAUGACAGUGAUGAAGAGAAUUAUGAUUCUGACUUGAAUGAUAGUAGUGAUAUUGAGUUACCGGAAGUGGAUAUUUGUGAACGUGAUAUUGACAUUAAGGAAAAUAAUGCAGUUAGUGAGUUUCAGGGAAAAGGCUGUGGAUGUCAUAAAAUUCAUGGAAAACCUUGUAGUCAGGUAAUUAACAUUGAUCAGGCUAUUGAAUAUAGAAUGCAGUGUAAGGAAAUGACACCUGAUGAACUUGAUUUAACAGUUAAAGUGCAGCUGUCUGCCCACAGGAGAGAUCUUACUCACUGGUCAUCUGCUAGGAACAAGAAACAGCAACUAAAGGACAGAGAAAGGGUAUCACAAGAAUAUUUUGUGUUUGGUGUAAAAGUGUGCAGAGAAACCUUCAUGUUUUGUCAUGGUAUAAGUAAGAAUAAGCUGGCAAACAUAGCUUCCUCACUUGAUAAAAAUGGACUUAAACCUAGGACUCAUGGAAAUACAGGUAAAAUGCCCAAGCAUGCUUUGUCAAUGACUGACAUUGAACAGAUUGUAAGUUUUUUGUCCAGCUAUGCAAAUGCUAAUGGUUUGCCAUUACCAGGUAGAUUGCCAAAUUACAGACAGCAAAGUGUUAUACUGUUACCAUCUGAUCAGAGUAAAGCUGACAUACAUGCUCUUUAUAAUGAAGCAGCUCAGCAAAAUAGUUUCAGGGCAGUCAGCCUAUCUGAAUUCAAGAAAAUAUGGUUGCAACAAUGUCCGCACAUAGUUAUUUGUAAACCAGCUACAGAUCUUUGUGCUAAAUGCCAAAAAUAUGCACAUGAAAUCUCUAACAGUGGAAACUUAAAUGAGGAAGACAAAGAAAAACUUUUAGAGAAUUACAGAACACACCUGAGUAAAGCAAAAUGUCAGAGAGAUUACUACAGGGAAAAAUGUGAGGCUGCUAAAUUGAGAUAUUCAGUGAUGACUCCAGAACAGAAACUGAGAGGUCAGCCACCAUGUUCAUUGCCUGGAACACAGCAAUACUCAUUUGACUUUGCCCAGCAGCUAUUUUAUCCACACCAUGCACAACAAGUUGGACCUUUGUAUUUCAAAACUCCCAGGAAGUGCCAGUGCUUUGGAGUGUGCUCAGAAGGAGCAGGUACACAGGUAUUCUAUCUCAUUGAUGAAGCAGACUGCACUGGUAAAGGAGCUAACUGUGUGACCAGCUUACUGCACCAUCAUUUUCAGCACCAUGGGUUUGGAGAGGAGCAUGUGCAGUUGCAAAUGGACAAUUGUUCUGGACAAAACAAAAACAACACUGUAUUGUGGUAUGGGCUAUGGAGAACUAUGACUGGGCUUCACAAGACUGUUGAGUUCUCACUCAUGGAAGUUGGCCAUACAAAGUUUAGUCCAGAUUGGCACUUUGGAGUAUUCAAGUCUAAAUGGCGACACUGUACAGUUGAGACCCUAGACCAGAUUGUUACAUGUGUUCUUCUGUCUUCAAAAAACAGGCACAAUAUACCUCAGCUUGCAAAUGACAGUGAGAGACCAGUGUUGUUUUAUGACUGGUCUGUAUAUCUUGGUCAGUUUUUCAAAUGCAUUCCUUCUCUGAAAAAGUACCAUCACUUCAGCAUGACAAGUGAAAAGCCUGGUGUAGUAUUGGUUAAGGAAUAUGCAGGUGACAAUGGACAGGAAAUUAAUGUCUUUAAGAAAAAUCCUCCAGUCCCAAGUGAUAGUCAGUUACCUUCUGUAAUUGUGCCUAAAGGUUUAGAUCCAUCUAGGCAGUGGUAUCUGUUUAAUGAAAUUAGGCAGUAUUGUCUUAAAGAAAAAAGCUCAUGCCCUAAGCCAUUGGUUCCAAAACCUGAAGCUAUAACUGUUAAGAGUGAUAGUGAAAAAAGGAAGAAGAAGUGUUCAUACAAACAGUAAGCCAGAUCAAGAGUUUGUCUUGCCUCUGUACAAAAGACUGAGAGAUUUGGAUUCUGACUUACUAUUACAAUGAACAUCAAGAUACUCCUUUGAUGUCAAUAUUCCUUAUGUCAGAAUCAACUGGUGACUUUAACAGUAUUUUAUAAACAUGUGUUCAGCAAAAUUGAUUUCAGAGACACAUU